AUGGUUGAAGGACUCACCCGUUACCACAGCACGCGCCCGAGCGGCGUCACCGUUGUCCACGACAGACAAGCACUCAACGAUCUCGUCAAGCUCCACCCGGAGACGAUCCUCCACACCGAGAAAGGAGGAUACUACCUCAAGAACAUGGAUGAGGAGGUCGUUGCUAUCACUCACGACGACCACCUGUGCAUCGAGCUGGACGCUGCUUUUGCCAGCAUUGAUGCCAGUAAUGUCGGUGACGACACUCAGGACGGAGGAUCUGGAUCUUACGGCGGCGCCAACUUUACCAAGCGGAAUGAGGAUCUCGCUUGCUACCCCGACUGUCUGCACAACUACUGUAGCCACCCUCGCUGCUACAACUCUGCCCACUGUCUGAGCUACACCAGCUGCCACGUGUGCUCCUCGAGCACCCGUAAGGUUUGCAUGUAG